UGCACCUGCAUCCCACUUUCUACGACGUCAAGAUGACGAAAAUCCAAGAGGACAGCUUCCCGAUUACGGGCAAAGUGAGUAUCAACCUCAGCUGUGACAGCCCUGGCGACAACGUCACCCUCCACAUGAAGAACAUCACGGUAAUUAGCACCAAGGUCACGACGGUUGGAGGAGACGAGUUGCAGAAAAUAAACGAGAUGUAUGACAAGGAACGAUAAUUCUUCAUCGUGAUGCUGGCUGUGGACCUGGAGGAGGGCAAGGAAUACCGGAUCCACAUAGAGUACCAGGGAACGUUGCAAAAUGACUUCAUCGGUUACUACCUAAGCUCCUACAUCGAGAACAACG